AUGAAGUUGAACUAUUGUACUGGAACUGUUUCAUUAUCAAAAAUAUUAAUAUUGUUAAUUAUUCUUGUUAUCAUUCCUAUAUGCUUUAAUGUUAUUGAAAAAAAUUACUCAUUUCGCUUAGAAGAUAAUUACAUUCAGCCACGAGGUGUCAUCACAACACUUAUUCGUAGUGAUACUCGAACAAUUCUUUUAACUAUUAAUAUGAUUCAUUCAAUAGUAAAAUUUCAUUCGACUAAGAAUAAUACUUUCUAUCCAUUAAUUAUUUUUCAUGAUAUAAAUCUUACUUCUGUUAUGCGUCAAUAUAUAUUAUCAUGUACAAUUAAAAACAAUACACAAAUGAAUAUUUCGUUUGCACUUGCCAAUUUUCAAACAUCAUCACAACCAGCCAAUGAAUCACGAUUGGCCAAAACAAUUGGAUAUCGUAUUAUGUGUCAGUUUUGA